CAUUGGGAGGCAGAAGACAGGAAAUGACUGCCAUGGAUGUGGUAUGAUUUCUACCGAAACAGCAUUUUGUAGCCCAGGCCCCCAUGCGGUCACAGUUGUUUUCUUCUCUGCUACCAGCCAGGUGGCCCUCUCUCCUCACCCCUCCACAUAGCCUCAGCCCUCUGAUCCUCUGCUCCUGGCUGCCGGCCACAUUCCACUCCCGGCUCCCAACCCAGGCAUCCUGGCCUCCAGAUGAAACAGCUGCUGUGCCUCCUGCCCCCCAUCCCUGGCCCCGUGACUCAGGCUCUCUGAAGGGACCGGCCCCGCUUCUUGGCAUUCACCGGGAAAGGGGGGGGGCAGGGGAGGGGGCCUAGGUGGUGACAUCAUAGUGGAAGGGUAUAAAAGCUUCGAGCCAAAACAGAAUUGAAAUUGAAGACACUGACUUUGAGCCUGUGCUCCCGGGGUCGCCCCGGCCGCACCCCCACAGACCUCUGGUUGGAGAUUUGCACCACUGCGAGACCUCCCCGCUGACCCCAUGCUGGGCUCUCCCUGCCUUCUGUGGCUCCUGGCUGUCACCUCCUCCUUAGUGCCCCGAACGCGGCCCUUGGCCCCUCAAGACCUUACGGAAGAGGAGGAAGAUGAGACCUCACGGCCACCUCUGCCGGCUGUCCUCUGCGACUACGACAGUUGCCGCCACCUGCAGGUGCCAUGCAAGGAGCUGCAGAGGGCUGGGCCCGGGGCCUGCCUGUGCCCCGGGCUCUCCAGCCCUGCCCAGCCUCCGGCCCCGCCGCGCCUGGGAGAGGUGCACGUGGAGGCCGAGGCCGGCAGCGCGCUGGUGCGCUGGUGUGCGCCCCCCUCCCCGGUCCACCAGUACUGGCUGCUGCUUUGGGAAGGCGGUGGGGCUCCCCAGAAGGGCCCCCCGCUCAACGCCACGGUCCGCAGAGCAGAACUGAAGGGACUGAAGCCUGGGGGCACUUACGUCGUUUGCGUGGUGGCUGCCAACGGGGCUGGAGAAAGCAGCGUGCCGGGGGCAGGUGGGGAGGGCCUCGAGGGGGUGGGGGGCCCUGCUUUCGGGCCCUGCGGCAGGCUGGCCAUGCCCCCCAGGCCCGUUACCCUGGUCCACACGGCCGUAGGGGUGGGCACGGUGCUGGCCCUGCUGACCUGCUCUGCUCUGGUCUGGCACUUCUGCCUGCGCGAGCGCUGGGGCUGCCCCCACCGGCCGGCCUCCCCCCCACCAAGAGCAGGGCUCUGAAGCAGCCUGGGCGCCUCUCAGGCCCAGCGGAGCCCAGGCUCGCAGAGGAGAGCUCGGCCCGGACUCCCCUGGGCAGCCCGGGUGCCAGAGUAGAAGGCCAGGCGCCUGGGGCCCCAGCUGAGUCUCGGGGCUCAGCCCCUCGGGCUAGUGCGGGUCCCAAACUUUCCGUCUUGCUCCAGGCUGAAAGGACCGGAGUGGGGUUGGCAACCGUGUCCUUAAAGGACCAGAGAGUAAAUAACGUAGGCUUUGCAGUUCCAGCGGAUAAAAUCAAAGAUAAUACGUAGGGGCUUCUAUGGCCAUGUAACCAUGUAAAAACGUAGCUCAUGGGCCUUUUCUUUUCAAAUCAGGCCCCGGCCAUACUAGGCCUGUUGGCUGUAGUUAGCUGAUCCCAAUCCCUGUCAUAGACCCUCAAAAGGGCCCUGUCACAUUGGUGGCUUCGGUGGGAUUUUUGAGAACAAACUGCUUCGGGCUGGGAGCUUGGGGAAAGACCACUCCCUCUUUGACGUUUCAUUUUGAUAUUGAAGAUGAGCACACCUGAGUCGGAACCCACCUGUGUCUGAUGUGGGUGAAGAUAAAUGACCGACACGGGGUGGAGAACCAGGGACUGCCUAAACUGCUGUCUGCAGCAUUUCCCAAGUCCAAGGAUGUCCCCCACUUUCCCUCAGUCUGUGUCUAUCGUAUAUUCACUGUACCAACAUUAAAGGAAAUAUAAAAUGAA